GAUAAAACCAAACCAUAACUUUUUGGACCGCCCAAUAUAGAGGCAUCCGCAACUCGGUUUCAGAAACCCUGAUAAACAAAAUCCCUAAUUCUGUAAACCAUGGCUGCAACAAAUGUCACCAUGACGGAGGAACAAAUCCGCCGAAAUUGUCUCUACGAAGAGUAUGGAGUUGAUUUGAGUUUAAUGACAAAAGAAAAUGCAGACAGAAUAGUGGAUUUCAUACACGCCAACCCUAAUGAAAGAAAAAUCCGUAAUGCUUAUGUGCAGCGUGACUUAUUAAUGAGGAACCUAGGAUAUUACUAUCUCAAUCAACUAUUAUGUCUUUUGGAUUAUGGAACUCCUUACACCGUAUUGUUGUAUGAACGCACUCGUUUGCAAGGUCUUGUGAAUAAGCUAAGGGCUUCGUCGUUUGAAGGUUCUUGGUUAGAUGAAUUAGAUGAUGUUGAUAAAUUCCUAGAUACUAGGAAAAAUCUAGAAAAUUCGAAACAACAACCCAUGGCCCAAGAAGAAGUGUUAGGAAUCUGGAUUCAGUGGCUCACUGAUCAAAAAUACAACAAAGAUGAUAUGUUGGUUCGAGUCAAGCAGAGGAUUAACGAGGUUUCUCAAGUCCGGAAUCUAUUGAAUCAAACGUAGAAGUUUGAACUUGAAAUUAAGAGAUCCGGAUGAAGAAGAGCUCCAUUUUUUCUCAUCACCUAAUUUUCAUUUCUUAUUUUAUCUUAUUUAAAUUUUUUGAUUAUGUUUUUACGUUAAGAACUAAUAAAAUUUGAUGUAAAAAUUAAAUAUGACAUGGCAACCAUAUAAGCAUGGUACCAGGUGUUAUGUUAUCAGCGCACUAUUCAAACUCGUGUGAUCAAUUGUAAGCUGAGGGUUAUGUUCCUUAGCAGAAUUACUUAGCUCUGCAUAUACACUGCAAGAAAUUGCUGCAUAUGUGGAACAGAACAAAAACUAAGGUGAAUUGCA